AUGGCCGCCCCCACCCCCAGCACGGCGGGCGGCGCCGGGACCCGCCUGGCAGAGGAGGCGCUCGGCUACGCGCCGGGGAGGGGGAGGAUUGCCCUCAACGCCUUCUCCGCCUUCAGCUUCGUCCCGCCCAGGCGGGAAGGGCCKCCGGAGCUCAGCUACUUCAACCGGCCGCAAAAGACAGGAGAUAUGUUCACCUAUGACGCUGUUUUCAGAAUACCAGAAGAUUAUGACCAGUAUCUUCCACGCUGUGACAGAAGACAUGCAAAGGGUCGUGGCCUUAAAAUUUAUGAGGAGGAAAGGGCAAGAAUUGUUCCUCUGAAGACAUCUUCGCAGUAUGGGAAAUACGUAAAUAACUCCUUAGACCCAGCAACCAAAGAGCAUGUAAGGGUUUAUAACGUGCAGAAAGCAAUCUAUGGGGAAAAUAGCUGCACUGAUCAUUGAAAAAACCUUCUCCAGGCCUGGAUCCAUGUUAAAUGUCUUGUAUCUGUCAUSAGCAGCAACAUUUAUGUGGAAAAAAAUGCAUUGAAAAGCAAUAUGGUGCUUUUGCCUUUUUCUCUACAUUUUAGUUAAUGAGAAUGAUCUGGAUUAUAAAUAGGGUGAAAUAGCAGCUGCACUUUUUCUCAUGCUAAUUAAAAUGCAUAUCUUCUUUCAUUCUCAUAAAAAUCUCAUGAAGAGCAGCACCAACAAGAGCUGAACACUUUAUGCAGCAACACUGGGAAUGAGACCUAUUGGGUCAAAAGCUCUCUCAGCAACUGCUUCUACACAACCAUUCACAUACCUAACAUUUAAGAAAGAUUACUCGUCAAGCUAUCAGUGGUCACAGGUUUUUUAAUCCUUACAGAGCUGCUAGAGAAUUGUGAGGCAUUGUUUUAUGUGCACAAUAGCUGAAAWAGAGAUUCUGCUCAGAAUUUUCUAAAAUGGAUGGGCUUACUCAUUAAUGGGCAAAUAAAGAAAUUAUCUGACCUCCAGAAGUGCUAAGCAGUUUCAGUAGAUUUCAAGUGGAACUUGAGUUAAAAUGAACUUCUGAGCAAGUUAAAAUUAACUUCUGAGCACUUGGCAUUUAAAGAGACAAAAUCUGGGUUUAGCUGAYUUCAGACAUUCACUUCACUGACUUCCACUAUAGGAAUUGUGUCUGACUGAUUUAAAAGAAAAAUCAUUGGGUCUAUAUCCAAUCUGAAAAAAGGGGAAAGAAGAAAAAGUAAUACUAGCAGAACAAGCACUAAAUAAUUUGGUAGAGAGGAUGGAAAAAAACACAAGGAUUUGAGCAGUAGUCAUUUAAGAAGCAUGUUUAGUACAAAUGUCUAAAUCUGAUGAAACAUUUARUGCCUUGUACUUUCAUGGAAUCCAGUUCUAAAAUUUUAAGGUAAUUUCAGGAGUUUCUCCUGUAGGAUAUGCAUCAGUUUGACUCUCAAGAGCCAUUGAUCCUGUUGUUUAAAGCUGAGGCAGUAUUGUUGAGAAAGGAACCCCCAGAGUGAUUGUACUAGAACAAGGACUUGAAGUCCACAACUGUGACUGACACUGGUUCUGUCAAGUAUUUAGACAUAGGAAGUCUAUGUCAUUUGUUAAAUACAGCGAGACUCCUGGAGAAAAAAUAGCAGAAACAAAAAACUUCUUAACGUCUUCUGGGACCUGAAAAGGUAGUAAAUUAGACAAUCAAUAGCAAUGGUUUGGCAUGAUCUGAGAAGCAGAGCACGGAGAGCAGCUCAUUCUGAGGGGUGUUUGUUACUUUCAUUAUUCAUGACCUGCAGUUCUACACUCAGUGGGCUAUGGACAGGAGGACAUUAACUGCUCCAUUCCUUUUCAAAAAUAAGCAUUUCAUUAAACAAAUUCAGCAGCAUUAAAUGAAAGGAUCACAGUAGGAACAAAGGGAGAAAAUUUUUUCUAAUACCACAAUGCUUUUUCAAGAAUCAGUAUUAAAGUUUACCAGUAAAGAAUUAGAUGGAAUAUAGCCGUAUUCUUAUGGUUAUUUUUAUUUUGGGACAGUCAGUACAAAUUGCUUCUUUUAAGUAGCCUUCCUAUAUUUGCAAAUCAUUUGUGUUUGAAAAAAAACUAUUAGAAAUCAAAUUUGUUUGAGAAUACCACCACCUUCUGGCCUGUGUAAGAAACAGGCAUCACCAGUUCACUUCCUCCACAGAUUAAGUAGCACAUCAAAACACCAGUUUCAAUGUUCCUAUCUCAUUUCUUUGUUUAUGUCACACCCUUCUCAUCCUUACUCACUUCUGAACGUCUUUCAUAGGUUAUUCCUCCCACUACUUGUUUUUCAUUCAGUUCUGAAUGGUGUCCAGUGCUCAGUGUGAAAAGAACACCCUGACAAUUUCUUCUAUAUUAGGCAUAAAUUCCUUAUAAAUGUUUGCAGAGCCAUUGCAGUGGCUCUCCUUCAAUUUUUCUUUGGCUAGAAUGACAAAUUCUGAGAUUAUGGAUGUUCUGAGCUUUCUAUUGAACUGUGUUGGAAAGCAUUUAAUUGCCUUUUGGUGCUCCCUUACCUGUCAGUGUUGACAUACUACCGUGAGGAAGGGUUUUACAUGCAACAAAUUAACAUGAACAGAAUGGACASCAUGACACAAUGUAAAUCAUAUUCUGGAUCUGGAUUUUGCAUCCAGGGAUUGCUGGGGCAAUUGACAGACUCCUGCAGCUUUCAAAUUUUUAACAGCAGCCUUGGAAGGAAAAAAUGGCCACAUUCURUAUCUACUGGUGGAAUAUACAGAAUGUCAAUGAUGUAAAAGUUUCACCU